AUGGAUCUUCUGGGCAACGGCGAACUUAGGCAGAGAAUUGGGAAUGUAUUAUCUAAAAAUGAUGAAACUUCUUAUGAACCAACUGUUACGACAUGUGAUAAAAGUACAAAACGAAAUACAAAAACCAUAGCAUUAGUGUUUGUUUCGUUACUAUUGGAUUUGUUAGCUUUUACAAUGAUUUUACCUCUUCUGCCAUCACUUCUUGACUAUUACGACAGGGAAGAAGGCAAUGGAAAUAGUUUAUAUGCUGCAUUACUAAAAGCAGUCCAAAGUUUCCAAAAGUUCACUGGUGCUCCUGACAGAUUUUCGUCCGUAUUAUUUGGGGGCAUUCUUGGAUCUAUGUACAGUUUCUUGCAAUUUUUAACAAGUCCUAUUGUUGGAAGCCUAUCAGAUGCAUAUGGGAGGAAGCCAAUGCUCCUAAUCUGUUUGACAGGAAUAGCGCUAUCUCACGCACUAUGGAGUUGUGCGAGUACAUUCAGUUUGUUCGUGCUCGCCCGCUUCAUUGGUGGUUUAAGCAAAGCAAAUGUGAGCCUUAGUAUGGCCAUCGUCACAGACGCUUCAAAUGAGAAGACUAGAGCCAGAGGCAUGGCUUUAGUUGGUUUGGCGUUUUCUAUUGGAUUCAUAGUCGGUCCUCUUGCCGGUGCGUACUUUGCCAUUAACAGUGAUCUCGAAUCGGGCGCUUGGGGCGAGCGGCCCGCCUUUUAUGCGCUGUCUCUCUCAUUAGCGAACAUAUUAGUGGUAUUGUUCCUCAUACCAGAGACUUUAUCUAAGGAUAAAAGAGCACCUCUAUCGUUCACUAUGUCUAAAUCAAUGGACUUUGUAUCACCUUGGCAUCUACUUAAAUUCUCUGCUGUGAAAAAUCUAUCGCAACACCAGAGCUUAGUACUAUCAAAAUUGGGACUAAUUUAUUUCCUGUAUUUAUUUAUUUACUCUGGUCUAGAGUUUACUCUUACAUUCCUGACACAUCACACAUUCCAGUACACUGCUAUGCAGCAGGGUAAAAUGUUCCUUGUUAUGGGAUUAAUAAUGGCUGUACUGCAAGGCGGCGCGGCUCGUCGUUUAGGCGCCCGCGGCGCGGUGGUGGCUGCCCGCGGCGCUCUUGCGCUGACGCCCGCGUCCUUUAUUAGCGUGGCGUUCGCCGCCCUGCCAAGACCACCCCUCCUCGAUCCCAUAAAGUGGCUGUGGUUGGGCCUAGUUUUGUUUGCCCUAUCGACUGCGUUUGCCGUGUCGUGCAUGACGUCGAUGGCGGCGGGCCAGGCGCCGCAGGAAGCACGAGGUGCGGUUCUCGGCGUUCUGCGGUCGCUGGGGGCGCUGGCCCGGGCCGCCGGGCCCUUGCUGGCUUCUGCCGUAUACUGGUGUUCAGGUGCGGCGAUCACAUACACUACCGGCUCCAUAAUUCUAAUCAUUCCUGCUGUGAUGUUAAUUAGACUGAAGACAUAA